AUGUCGGACAGCGGGGCGAGCCGUCUGCGGAGGCAGCUAGAGUCACCUGGCUUCGAGGCGCAGCUGUACGUGAAGCAGCUCUCACAGCAGUCCGAUGGCGACCGCGACCUCCAGGAGCACCGGCAGCGCAUCCAGGCGCUGGCGGAGGAGACGGCGCAGAACCUCAAGCGCAACGUGUACCUGAACUACAGGCAGUUUAUCGAGACGGCGCGCGAGAUCUCCUACCUGGAGAGCGAGAUGUACCAGGUGAGCCACCUGCUCACCGAGCAGAAGAGCAGCCUGGAGAGCAUCCCGCUGGCCCUGCUGCCGGCCGCCGGGCCCGUGGCCUCCGCCGGCGACGAGUCCGGCCCGGGGGCCCGGGAUGCGCUGCGCGCGCAGGCUGGUCUUCUGCCGGGCGCUGGGGGGCGCGAGGGCGCGGGUGCAGGUGCAGGCGAAGAGGGCAAGCAGCGCACGCUGACCACGCUGCUGGAGAAGGUGGAGGGCUGCCGGCACCUUUUGGAGACGCCGGGCCAGUACCUGGUGUACAACGGGGACCUCGUUGAGUACGAGGCGGAUCACAUGGCGCAGCUGCAGCGCGUGCACGGCUUCCUCAUGAAUGACUGCCUGCUAGUGGCCACUUGGCUGCCGCAGCGCCGGGGCAUGUACCGCUACAACGCCCUGUACCCACUGGACGGCCUGGCCGUGGUCAACGUCAAAGACAACCCGCCCAUGAAGGACAUGUUCAAGCUGCUCAUGUUCCCUGAGAGCCGCAUCUUCCAGGCAGAGAAUGCCAAGAUCAAGCGGGAGUGGCUAGAGGUGCUGGAGGACACAAAGAGGGCGCUGAGCGAGAAGCGGCGGCGGGAGCAGGAGGAGGCCGCGGCCCCUCGGGCACCGCCCCCCGCGCCGGCCAAGGCCGCCAAUCCCUUCGAGGAUGAGGAAGAGGAGGAACCAGCUGCGCCCGAGGCGGAGGAGGAGAAAGUGGAUUUGUCUCCAGAGUGGAUCCAGGAGUUGCCUGAGGACCUGGACGUGUGCAUCGCGCAGAGGGACUUCGAGGGUGCCGUGGAUCUGUUGGACAAACUGGACCUCUACCUGCAGCACAAGGCGCGCCCCCAGCCGGUGAAGGAGCUGAGGGCCAAGGUGGACGAACGCGUGCGCCAGCUGACCGACGUGCUCGUCUUCGAGCUGUCCCCCGACCGCUCUCUGCGGGGCGGCCCCAAGGCCACUCGCCGCGCGGUGUCCCAGCUGAUCCGACUGGGCCAGGGCACCAAGGCUUGCGAGCUGUUCCUGCGUAACCGGGCAGCCGCGGUGCAGACGGCAAUCAGGCAGCUGCGCAUCGAGGGCGCUACGCUGCUCUACAUCCACAAACUGUGCCACGUCUUCUUCACCAGCCUGCUGGAGACGGCGCGCGAGUUCGAGACCGACUUCGCCGGCACCGACAGCGGCUGCUACUCGGCCUUCAUGGUCUGGGCCCGCGCAGCCAUGGGCGUGUUCGUGGACGCCUUCAGCAAGCAGGUGUUCCGCAGCAAGGAGAGCCUGUCCACAGCCGCCGAGUGCGUCAAGGUGGCCCAGGAGCACUGCCGGCAGCUGGGCGACAUCGGGAUGGACCUUACCUUCGUCAUCCAGGCGCUGCUGGUCAAAGACAUCCAAGGCGCCCUGCACAGCUACAAGGAUAUCAUCAUAGAGGCCACCAAGCACCGCAACUCGGAGGAGAUGUGGCGGCGCAUGAACCUGAUGACGCCCGAGGCGCUGAGCCGGCUCCGCGAGGAGAUGCGGGCCUGCGGGGUGGGCAGCUUCGAGCAGUACACAGGGGACGACUGCUGGGUGAACCUGAGCUAUACCGUGGUUGCCUUCACCAAGCAGACCAUGGGUUUCCUGGACGAGGCGCUCAAGCUGUAUUUCCCUGAGCUGCACAUGGUCCUGCUCGAGAGCCUGCUGGAGAUCAUCCUAGUGGCCGUCCAGCACGUGGACUACAGCCUGCGCUGCGAGCAGGACCCUGAGAAGAAGGCCUUCAUCAGACACAACGCCACUUUUCUCUACGAGACCGUGCUCCCUGUGGUGGAGAAGCGGUUUGAGGAGGGUGUGGGGAAGCCAGCCAAGCAGUUGCAGGACCUGAGGCACGUGUCCAGGCUGCUGCGCGUCAACCCUGAGAGCACCACUUCCGUGGUCUGA